GAUGUAUCAAGAUCCAGAGUCGACUGAACUAAAAGAAUUGAUUUAUUAUACUUAAUUUAUUGGUUCCGCUCGGAAAGUUCAGGAAAAAAUUGUAACCCUGAAAAUAUAGAUUAACUUUAGCGGAACUUCUGAAUGAAAGUGUGAAUUAAUGAGCACGCAUGGAAGACAAAAUAUCCAUUAUAUGAAACAAAAGAUUGUGAAUCAAAGCAAGAAAAUUAACUGGGAGUAAAAAAAUAUUAUUAUCGAGGCUUGCGAACAUAUUUCAAUGAAGACGAAUAAACUUCGUUAAAUAAUCUCGAAAACUUUCGUGGUGGUGAAAAAUUUUUCGGAAACAAAAUAAUAAUGAGAUUAUUCGAAAUGUAAAAAGACAAUUAGUUAGUUUCUUCUCAAAUGAAAAAGAUACUGUGUAAAUAAAUACUUUAAUGAUAACAUAAUAGUGUUCAUGAUUUUUUGCAUCGUAUGUUAAAGUAACAACCGAUAACAUGGCAUGGCUGAAAGUACUUCUACAACUCUGCCUGUAUUUCAUCGCAAUGAAAAGCGUCGCCCCACUGAAAAGACAUCGUCAAAGAAGCUACGCAGACGACGUGGUCGUGUCGGGCUACUCUGAGGUUGCUGCAGCUCCGUAUUUCCUAUCGCCCGGCCCCCGCAACAUCACCACCGCGCAGAGCCACACCGCCUACCUCCACUGCAGGGUGGCUUCACUUGGAGAUGAAGCGCAAGUGUCUUGGAUCAGGAAGCGGGACUUGCACGUGCUGAGUUCGGGGCGUGUUGUCUUUGCCACGGAUGAACGAUUCGGGGUCAUUCACACGGACGAUAAGUCAGAGAACUGGACCCUACAGAUCAAAUUUACGCAACUCCGCGACUCAGGCAUCUACGAGUGCCAAGUGAACACCGUACCCAAGAUUUCUAUGGCAUACCAGCUUAAUGUUGUCGAAUCAGAAGCCAUCAUUCAAGGGCCGGAAUACGUUAAAGCGGGAUCUACAAUCAACUUGACCUGCACGGUCAAUUUACCUGACAUGCAAGGUUUACUUUUCUGGUACCACGACUCGGAAAUUCUGAGCUACGAAGAUCAUGGCAGAGUGAAAAUUUACACGAAAGAAGAUGCCAGCGGUCGCACCGUGUCACAGCUCACCAUCGAGGGUGCGCAGCUCUCACAUUCCGGCAACUACACGUGCUGGCCUACAUCUGCUAUCCCUAAGUCUGUCAUCGUCAACGUCGUGCUGCAAGGAGAACAACCGGCCGCCAUGCAGACUGGCGUGGCCACGAUCCUGAACAGCACGAAAUUUUCUUCAUUGUUCUCAUCGGUGUUCGUAAUGAUGGCCUCGGCGGGAAUAACUGCCAUUCUUGCUGCUCUGGCCGACUGUGGUACGCGUUUUGGGUUGAAUCCUAACAGUCAGAGAUGAUAUAAUUCACAGAACAUGAACAAGUAUGGUAUAAAUCGUGUAUAAUUAUGUAAAUAUUUUAAUGUAUUAUGUAAAUAUUAUUUCGACGAUAGUAGCUACAGUGGGCUGAACUAAAAUAACCAAGCAGGUUAUUGAAAAUCAGCUUUUAAUAUUCAGUUAAUUCACAUACUUUCUUAAAAUAAUGAAGCAACCAUAGAUACACUUUGCCGAUAUGGACAGGGUGACAUUGUAGAAAGUAUGAUUUUCCGCGUACUAUCGAUGUUGCAAAUUUAUUUUUUGCGUUCAAGAUGAA